GAGUCGCUCCGGUCUCGCCGCUCCCCUCCUCCGCCCCGCGUCCUGACUCUCUCUCCCUCCUUUCCCUCAGAGGAUGUCCGCCUUCCAGAUCAACCUCAACCCGCUCAAGGAGCCGCUCGGCUUCAUCAAGAUCCUCGAGUGGUUUGCCUCCAUCUUUGCUUUUGCCACCUGUGGUGGGUUUAAGGGCAAAACAGAAAUUCAAGUAAACUGUCCUGCUAAAGUUGGUGGUAAUAAGAACCAGACUCUGACAGCUACUUUUGGUUAUCCAUUCAGGUUGAAUCAGGCAUCAUUUCAUACACCUCCAAAUGUUAAUGUGUGUGAGGUGAACUGGGAAAAGCAAUACCUCAUAGGUGAUUACUCCUCUUCUGCACAGUUCUACGUUACGUUUGCAGUCUUUGUGUUCCUGUACUGCAUUGCUGCCCUUCUGCUCUAUGUUGGUUACACAAACCUCUACCGGGAUAGUCGCAAACUGCCCAUGAUCGACUUUAUUGUUACUCUUGUUGCUACUUUUUUGUGGUUGGUGAGUUCGUCAGCUUGGGCUAAAGCUCUUACAGAUAUUAAAGUAGCUUCUGGACACAGAAUCAUUGAGGAGCUUGAACCUUGUAGUUCAGGUGUGUCGUGUUACUUUGUCUCCGUGACUAGUAUGGGGUCCCUGAAUGUAUCUGUGAUCUUUGGCUUUCUGAAUAUGAUACUUUGGGGAGGAAAUGCUUGGUUUGUGUACAAGGAGACCAGCUUACAUAGUCCAUCAAAUACGUCAGCUUCCCACAGCCAAGGAGGUGUCCCACCCACUUCUGGAAUGUAAUGAAAGGGAGAAAUACACUGUAUGAAAUGUGUGCUCUAUAUGCCUGUUGCCAACACCUUGAAAAGCAUUAUUGUUUCUAAUAAAAAAGUAAUGGCUUUUUCAGUAAA